AUGUCGAAAGAAGUGAGCGAAGAGGGACACACUCAAAGCCAUGGCAAAGACUACGUUGAUCCUCCACCAGCUCCGUUCCUCGACAUGGCAGAGCUCAAGUCUUGGUCUUUCUACAGAGCCCUCAUCGCUGAGUUCAUCGCUACACUCCUCUUCCUCUACGUCACCAUAGCCACCGUCAUCGGCCACAAGAAGCAAACCGGUCCUUGUGAUGGUGUUGGUUUACUCGGUAUCGCUUGGGCUUUCGGUGGUAUGAUCUUUGUCCUCGUUUACUGCACCGCUGGUAUCUCUGGUGGUCACAUCAAUCCUGCUGUGACUUUUGGUCUGUUCUUGGCACGUAAGGUGUCUUUGGUGAGAGCUGUUGGUUACAUGGUAGCUCAGUGUCUUGGAGCUAUUUGUGGUGUGGGUUUCGUGAAAGCUUUCAUGAAAACUCCUUACAACACUCUUGGAGGCGGAGCUAACACUGUAGCCCUUGGUUACAGCAAAGGGACUGCUCUCGGAGCUGAGAUUAUUGGAACUUUCGUCCUUGUUUACACCGUUUUCUCUGCUACUGACCCUAAGAGAAGCGCUCGUGACUCUCACAUCCCUGUUUUGGCUCCACUUCCAAUUGGAUUCGCUGUGUUCAUGGUGCAUUUGGCAACUAUCCCCAUUACUGGUACUGGAAUUAACCCAGCGAGAAGCUUUGGUGCUGCUGUUAUCUACAACAACGAGAAGGCAUGGGAUGACCAUUGGAUCUUCUGGGUUGGUCCAUUCUUGGGAGCACUAGCAGCAGCAGCUUACCAUCAAUACAUUUUGAGAGCUGCAGCAGUUAAGGCCUUGGCCUCAUUCAGAAGCAGUUCAACAAACUGA